AUAAUCUUGACGUGUUAUGUACUGAGGGCAAGUUUUCAAGCGUCCGCCUAGAAACUAAGUGUAAGACAAAAUGCAAGCGGUGCGCGUGGCGGCGGCGGCGGCGGUGGCGGCAGCGCUCCUGUGCCAGGCGGUGGCGAUGCCCGAGGAGGUCGGCGCCGAGGAGGUGGGCCUCGAGAGCGACUUCGUGGACGUCGCGCCCGUGGCGGCCAAGAGCGUCGGCACAGGCCGAACCUUCUCGGACUGGAGCAAGAAAUUCUGGGAGUGGAUGGGCUAUGAGGACUACGACUACGACUACGAGUACUACUACCCCUCCAGCGCCUCCUCGCAGAUCGGCUACGGAUACCCCGCCGUCGGCUACAUCCCCGCUUCUGCCGGAGGACACCACUCCUCCUACAGCAGCUACAGCCCCAUUUCGUCCGGUCACCAGUUCGGCCACCCAGCUCGAGACGACUCCGAUGACGAGUGGUCUUUCACGGACAUGAUGUUCGACAUGGCCGUGACCAUCGUCCCCAUUGGCCUCCUGCUCUCUGCUCUGCCCACAGGCCUCUUCACCUUCGCCGUCAGGAGACGUAGCUUCGACGGCUCAUACCACCUGGAGGAGGAUUUCGACCCGUCGGAGCUCCCCCUCCUGCAGGCGCUGGUGGAGAGCGACUUCCUUGCCCUCGGCGAACGCGAGUGCCAGAUGAAGCUCUUCUGCGAGCUCACUCUGCUCGGCCAGAAGGAGAACGCUUCAUUCAUGCAGAAGGCUCUCUACUACAUCGCCACGCUGACGCCUGACUCCUUGGCCAGCCGCGUCGGCCUCGAGAAGCUGUUCCGCACGUCCCGCGACGGCACCUGCAGCGUCUUCAGCUGCAGCGCCGCCUACGGAGCCACGCCCAAGGUCACGCACAAGCCCACCCAAACCAACCACAUCGACGAGGUCUCCUCCGAGGUCGAGAAGGAGGCGGUGGAAGUUUCCAAGGAGUGAACGCCAACAGCGCUGCAGCUGUUUUGGGACUGAAGUGCUCCUGCAACCUCUGUCUCUCACGGCCACGAAGCUCGCGCCACUUUUUGGUCGUAAACAUCUCCCGUUUUGUUUGUCUUCGAGAGCGACGUCGUGAUUGGCCCAUGCGAUGACCGCAUGGCCAAUCAGAGGGCUGGACACAAACAAGGCUAGUCAUGUUUACUCCUAAAGUCAGCGCCGUUUUUCCAGGCCGAGAGAGUCCGCACUGGCACCAACGCAUGUAGCGAGUAAUUGAUAAGAUCUUCCUACACUAUUUAACCGAAGUUAACAUUGUUUUUUAUUUUUUUAUAAAUAGAUGUAAAUUCUGGGUAGGUCUCUGUUCUAACUCUUGACGAACAAGCAAGGAAGUUGCGAAACGAUGACCGACAGACUACGCAUUCGGACAAACUGCCGCGACGCUCCAGAAGAAGACGCGAGUUCCACUGUGCCAUAAAGGCCAUCACGCUCACUCCACGACGAGGGUCUCCCGCGCACGCGCACGCGCACAGACCCAACAGAACCCCUCCAAGAAUUCAGACGAAACUGUCCUCGCUGAGCCGGGUGACGC